AUGGGCUGUAAAUUGCAGAAGCCUCGAGGGUCAGAUGAAGCUCCGGGUAAGAUUUUCUCCACCCUCAGAAGAGCACAAGUGGAGACACACUCAGGAGUGGCCUAUACAUACCACUUCCUGGACUUCCUGUUAGGAAAAGAAGAGGUGGCAGUGUCCUCAUUGCUGUGUCUGUCGUCAGUCAGAGAGCUUCCGCUACAGGUGUGUGAGUUGUAUCAGAAGGGAUUCGUACUGGCUGCUGUCCAUCCCUUUGUUCACUCCUGCGGCCCUGCUAGUGCUAACCUUCAGAAGCAGUUACACCGAGCCGUGCUCAUCCGAGAAACACACAGUGGUUCUGAUAGUGGCCUGCUGAACUGGGUUGAGCCUCAUCUCACGACAGACGUGUGUUACCUCGGUCACCAGGACCCUGACCCAGAAGUUAUACAGGGCUAUGUAAAAAAGGUGCAGGAUUUGGCUGAUCAGGGUGAUCUGUUUGUGGGUUUUUUGCCGCAACCCGGUUUCCUUGGUCACUGGGAACCAGAAGAUCUUUCCUCCUUGCACUCCAGUCCCUGUUCUGUGCAUCAGGGACCUCCAACCCUCAGCCCUGCGAGCGAGCAGAGCCAACAGGAUAGAGACAAUGGGGAUCAUCGAAACCAGAAUCGUACAAACUUUAAUUCAGACAAUGAAGACUUUAUGAGCCACAGCUUUCAAAUACAAAGCCCUGAGAGCAGCCAGUGUUGGAAUAAUCAGAAUCCGUUCACUAAGAACCAUCAGUGUCCAGAUUAUCAGUACUUAAAUGUUGAAGGUGAAUGUACGCAAGCUGAGGAUUUAAAGAACCAAGUGCCAUCACAUGAGUUUAUAUUAAGCUCUUGUGCACCAGAGCCACAUCAGACCCAGAGUAUUAGAAUGCAGCCGAACUUGCCCAGCUGUGAUUUGGCAGAAAACAACAAAAGAGAGCACAAAGAGCAGGUCAAAAGCCAAGACAAACACAGCAAGCGCACCGGAACCCCCCCGAUGCUGAAUCGUGUGCAGGUGUUCGCGCUGUACAACCAUUCGAUAGUUCUGGCGGGAUCGCCAAAGUUUUUUUCUUUGAGGGUUCCACUGCAGGUGCGCAGGGAGGCGGGGCUUGUUAGCUCGGUUGACUCCCAUUGGCUGGACCACAUGACGCAGCACUUCAGAAGUGGCGCGCAACUCAUCGACGGCUACUUUCACCUGGGAGACGAUGCAGCAUCUUCUUCCACUGUGGAGAGUGUUUUUAUCUUCCAAAGUGCUUCAGUUGAUGCCAGGCCAGCCGCAGUGUAUGACGCCAUUGUAGUUGAGCAAUGGACUCUUAUUGAUGGUGUUGCGGUGAAAACAGACUACAUCCCUCUGCUUCAGUCUUUGGCUCCAUAUGGCUGGAGACUAAUGUGUGUUCUGCCCACUCCCAUCGUCAAAAUGAAAAGUGAUGGAAGUUUGGCCACAAAACAGAUCCUCUUCCUCCAGAGACCCACGCUGCCUCGCAAGAGGAGAGACUUGACUAAACUGCACCUCAGAGGUCAAAACAAAAGGAACUUCAAUAAUAAAAGGACACCAGAGAGGGAGAUAUCACCGCUGGCAACAAUUGAGAGAGAAAUGGAACGAAUGGAGAGAGAAAACACAAGUCUGAUGAGACAACUCUGUUUCUAUGAUGAUGCAGAUGCAUCCAUCGCUGUGAUUAUCUGA